GUCAAAACAGUGUUUCCCGUGUAUAUUAAUAUUAUAUCGCGCAUGCACAUAGAAAGUCUUUUGGGACAAGGUUUCCAUCUUGAUCACAUCUUGCAAGACUUUGAGCAAAAACAUUGCUACAAGUUUUUUUUUGGUUUUAUUUUGACGAAAAGUAAAUAAAACAAAUAAAAUGGCUGAUAUGGAGGAUACCCACUUCGAGACUGGAGACUCUGGCGCUUCUGCCACCUUCCCCAUGCAAUGUUCCGCUCUGCGUAAAAACGGAUUCGUCAUGCUCAAAGCUAGGCCAUGCAAGAUUGUGGAAAUGUCCACCUCCAAAACUGGCAAGCACGGUCACGCCAAGGUCCAUUUAGUCGGUAUCGACAUCUUCUCUGGCAAGAAAUAUGAAGAUAUCUGCCCAUCCACCCACAACAUGGAUGUCCCACAUGUAAAGCGUGAGGAUUAUCAAUUAACUGAUAUCUCAGAUGACGGUUACCUUGGUUUGAUGGCUGACAACGGUGAUUUGCGUGAGGAUCUUAAAAUCCCAGACGGCGAUGUUGGUGCCCAAUUGCGCACUGAUUACAAUGCCGGCAAAGACAUUUUGUGCACCGUACUCAAGUCCUGUGGUGAAGAGGUAGUAAUUGCAGUCAAGACAAACACUGCCUUGGACAAAUAAUGUCUGGUGGGGGUACCCUUGUCACUGGAUGGGUGUGCGAGGGCUCGAUGAUAAUAAUAACAUCUUUUGGACCCAACUAUUAAACUACAGCUUACAAAAAAAAACAUAAUAUAACAUUAUAAAUAAAUA